UUUAGUUGAUUUGCUUUUUACAUCCAAGAAGUUCUUGUUCUUGAAAAGUUAUUAUUCUCUUCAAACUACUUUUGAAAAUUAUUUAUUUUUUCUCUAAUUUUUCUAAUUUAGAAAGACGUGGCUUGUUAAACGUCAGAUCAUCAGAUAGUGAUUUGUUUGCGUGCAAUAAUUUUUGGGCCAAAUUUUAUGUCCACCAUUCGAUAAAGAAAAUAUUAUUAUUAUUACUUAAUGUAGUCUAUUAGUUACUAAAUGGCAAUUUAAAGUUGCCGCUGUAGAGACGUAGGUCACCAACGUGUGUAUAAAUGAAAGUUUGGGCGUUUUUGUUGCUGACAGCUGUGUCAGUGUGGGGGUUCCCAGAGAAGCGAACGGCGGAGAAGCAGUCGGCGCUAGCACAGCUGGGCCAGCAAGUGCAACAGAAUAAGGAGAACAGAGUACGGGAAACUCAGCGGGAUUGCAACAAAGGGAAGUGUGCGACAAGUAUAGCACAGAAAGCAGCAGCUGAAGCGAAAGCUGCACAAGCCGCUCAGAACGCUGCCGGGGCGCAGGCGGCGCAUAUGGUAAAAACCCAACUUGCGGAGAAAGCACUGCAAGCUGCGAAAGCUGCUGAAGCUGCUCUCGCUGGCAAGCAGGCAGUUGUGGAACAGCUACAACAAGAAGUGAAGGAGGCGGAGGCCGUGGUUGCAGAGGAUACAGCGGCUGUGCACCAGCAGCAAGGGACUGUGAAUGCUGCCAUACAAGCCGCGCAGCAGGCAACUGCUCAGCACAAAUUAAUGAUGCAAGCUACGCAGCUUGCCAGCCAGCUAGAGAAGACAGCGCAUUGCGUCCUGGAAAAGGCAAAGAUGGGACUUCAAUUGGAUUGUCAGAAUCUGGCUAAAGCUAAAGCGAGACUAGCUGAACUGCAACAUAAACUGCAAUGCGCCUGCGCCGACUGUGCGACAACGAAGCAGGCAGCUCACUGCGCGUGCGAGGCGGCCCGCGCUGCUUGCGGCAACGCCAGGAAGAGAAAAGAUGUUAACAGUCAAACCGCCUUGAUGCUGGCAAAGUCUAAUAGGCGACGAUGAUUACUUCUAUAAGGAAAGUAUGAAUUAACACGACUUAUAAAAGUCAGAUGUAUAGUUCUCGGAAUCAACUUUCUGUACCUCUUCAUGGUGUUUGUGAAUUUUCAUCUAUUCUGAAAACCUAUUUUAUGUAACAUUUUAUCGCUUGUACUAAAGGAAACAUUUGGCAUUAUACGGAUAUAACAAGGGUGUCACGACUGUUUAGUUAUUUCGAUUUAAAUAUAUGUUAUCUGUAAUGUGUGGAUAAUGGAUAUUAUGUAUAUUUUAGAUUAAUUUGAUUUACUUAGUUUUGUAAUAUGGUGUAUUA